AUGGAGCAUUUGGAUAUAGAUUCAAUAAUAGCCAGACUUUCAGAAAUACCAUCACAAAACGAGGAUAAGAAAAAAGGGUUUUUCACACAGGUUCGCACCAACAAACCAAACAGGCCGGUGCAAAUGACUGAACAGGAAGUCCGUGGACUUUGUCUGAAAUCCCGCGAGAUAUUCCUCCAACAACCCAUUCUACUUGAGCUAGAAGCACCGCUUAAAAUUUGUGGAGAUAUUCAUGGACAGUACACAGACUUAUUACGGUUAUUUGAGUAUGGAGGAUUUCCUCCAACUGCCAAUUACCUUUUUCUUGGCGAUUAUGUCGACAGAGGAAAGCAAUCAUUAGAAACGAUUUGUCUUCUUCUCGCAUAUAAAAUCAAAUAUCCUGAAAAUUUCUUCUUGCUCCGUGGAAAUCAUGAAUGUGCAAGCAUAAAUCGAAUUUAUGGAUUUUAUGAUGAAUGUAAACGUCGCUACAAUGUUAAAUUGUGGAAGACUUUCACAGAUUGCUUCAACUGCCUGCCUAUAGCCGCAAUCAUUGACGAGAAGAUUUUCUGUUGUCACGGAGGGCUUUCACCGGAUUUAUCGGGUAUGGAGCAAAUUCGUAGAAUCAUGCGACCAACAGACGUACCCGACACUGGAUUAUUGUGUGAUCUCUUAUGGAGUGAUCCAGACAAAGAUGUGCAAGGAUGGGGUGAAAAUGAUCGAGGAGUAAGCUUUACAUUCGGUGCAGAUAUAGUACAGAAAUUUCUUAAUCGCCACGAUCUUGAUUUAAUCUGUCGUGCACAUCAAGUUGUAGAAGAUGGUUAUGAAUUCUUUGCCAAACGUUCACUUGUGACGCUUUUCUCUGCCCCUAAUUACUGCGGUGAAUUUGACAAUGCUGGUGGAAUGAUGUCUGUCGAUGAUUCACUUAUGUGUUCUUUCCAGAUUUUGAAACCUAGUGAAAAGAAAGCGAAAUAUCAAUAUGCAGGACUUCAGUCAAACUCAAGUCGUCCUCAAACGCCACAAAACAAGAAGAAGUAA